AUGUGCCGCUGGAUCUCGGAGGCCCAGUGUUGCAAUGUGAAGGAAGUGAUUUAUGUGUCCAGCCUGACUUUUACGAAAAAUGAAAAGAGGAACUGCCCCAUCAACGUCUACUUCAUCAUUGACACCUCGGAGAGUGUUGCUCUGCAGACUGUGCCUAUCCAGAGCCUUGUGGAUCAAAUAAAGCGGUUCAUCCCUGUGUUCAUAGAUAAACUGGAGAAUGAGCUCUACCAGAACCAAGUCUACAUCACUUGGCAGUUUGGUGGACUUCAUUACUCGGAUGUGGUGGAAAUUUACAGCCCUUUAACAAGCAGCAAGGACAUAUACCUCCCCAGGCUGUAUGCUAUUAACUACCUUGGCCGGGGCACCUUCACGGACUGCGCCAUCUCCAACAUGACAGAGCAGAUCCAGACCCAGAUGGCCUCCGGCGUGAACUUCGCGGUAGUCAUCACCGAUGGCCAUGUCACUGGCAGCCCCUGUGGGGGGAUGAAGAUGCAGGCUGAGAGGGCACGAGACAUGGGGAUCAAGCUCUUCGCAGUGGCCCCCAGCGAGAACGUUUACGAGCAGGGACUGCGGGAGAUCGCCAACCUGCCGCAUGAGCUGUACCGCAACAACUACGCCAUCACGCAGAAAGACACCCUGGACAUCGAUGUGAACACCAUCGACAGGAUAAUCCAAGCCAUGAAACAUGAAGCCUAUGGAGAGUGCUACAAGAUGAGCUGCCUGGAGAUUGCAGGGCCACCUGGUCCCAAGGGAUACCGAGGGCAGAAGGGUGCAAAGGGGAACAUGGGUGAGCCAGGCUCUCCUGGGCUGAAGGGACGACAGGGUGACCCAGGUAUUGAAGGUCCGAUUGGAUACCCUGGUCCCAAGGGUGUCCCAGGGCUGAAAGGAGAGAAGGGCGAGAUUGGAUCCGAUGGACGGAGGGGUGCUGCUGGUUUGGCGGGCAGGAACGGCACCGACGGACAGAAGGGCAAGCUGGGGAGAAUCGGACCUCCAGGCUGCAAGGGAGACCCCGGUGACAAGGGCCCCGAUGGCUACCCAGGAGAUGCAGGAGACCAGGGUGAAAGAGGAGAUGAAGGCAUAAAGGGAGAUCCUGGCCGGCCUGGUCGCAGUGGACCCCCAGGACCUCCAGGAGAAAAAGGAAGCCCG